UACUUGGGAAGGAAUAGAAUUACAGUUAAGAGCGUAACUAACACGUCUCUCUUUCCAACUCUUCCAAUCUUCUUUUUGAUUUAUACCUAUUUGGAUACUUUUCUUUUUCUCUAUAGCAAGCACCAAAUAAGUUCCAAACAGUCCCUUCUCUUGCUUCGCCUCAGUUUCAGCUUAUUAGACCCAGAUAACUUUUUACAGUGCAAAACAAAAACAAAAACAUUAAAAAGUUUAAUUCCGAUCUGGGUUCUCAAAAAAAUCGAAAAUUUACAUAAAAAUAAGAGCUUUAGUUAUCAAAAUUGAGGGGUUUUUUUUUAAAAAAAAAAAAAAAAAAAAACUGUAUUUAUUGCAAUCUGAAUUAUAGAUUUGUAGGGUUUUUGAGGAAAAACGCAAUAAAUAGUUUUUCUUGAUCUGGGUUGUUCUUAUUUUGAGUUUUUGGAUGAGGGAGAUGGGGAAAAAGCUUGGGCUUUUGGCGUGGGUUUGGUUUAUGCUAUGUGGGUUUUGUGUGGGAAGGUUUGUGGUAGAGAAGAACAGCUUGAAAGUGAGUUCACCAAGCUCUCUGAACGGUGUCUAUGAAUGUGCAAUUGGGAAUUUUGGGGUUCCUCAGUAUGGAGGAACCAUGGUUGGCACUGUGGUUUACCCUAAAGCCAAUCAUAAGGCAUGCAACGACUUCGAUAUCUCCUUCAAGUCCAAGCCUGGAGGCCUACCCACCUUUCUCCUAGCCGAUCGAGGAGAUUGUUACUUCACCUUGAAGGCAUGGAAUGCACAGAAAGCUGGAGCAGCAGCUAUUCUUGUUGCGGAUGACAAGGUGGAGCCUUUAAUUACCAUGGACACUCCUGAAGAAGAAAAUGCUAAAGCUGAGUAUCUACAGAACAUUACCAUUCCUUCAGCCCUUAUAAGCAAAUCCUUGGGGGAUAGCAUUAGAAAAGCUCUAUCAAGUGGAGAGAUGGUUAACAUAAAUCUUGAUUGGACUGAGGCUCUUCCACAUCCCGAUGAGCGGGUUGAGUAUGAGUUUUGGACAAACAGCAAUGAUGAAUGUGGACCAAAGUGUGAAAGCCAGAUUGACUUUGUCAAAAAUUUUAAAGGAGCAGCUCAGAUACUGGAGAAGAAAGGGUACAGUCAGUUCACCCCACAUUAUAUAACUUGGUAUUGCCCAGAAGCUUUUAUUUUUAGCAAACAGUGCAAGUCUCAGUGCAUCAAUCAUGGGAGGUACUGUGCUCCAGAUCCCGAGCAAGAUUUUAAUAGAGGAUAUGAUGGGAAGGAUGUUGUGGUUCAAAAUCUACGCCAAGCGUGCUUUUUUAAGGUGGCCAAUGAAAGUGGAAAGCCAUGGCUUUGGUGGGAUUAUGUGACAGAUUUUGCAAUCCGUUGCCCAAUGAAAGAGAAGAAGUAUAAUGAAGAAUGCUCAAAUCAAGUUAUUAAAUCCCUUGAUGUUGACCUCAAGAAAAUAGAAAAUUGUGUUGGAGACCCUUCGGCAGAUGUGGACAACCCAGUUCUUAAAGCUGAACAGGAUGCACAGAUUGGCAAAGGCACCCGUGGAGAUGUUACUAUAUUGCCAACUCUUGUAAUAAAUAACAGACAGUAUAGAGGUAAGCUGGACAAGGUAGCAGUUCUCAAGGCCAUCUGUGCAGGAUUUGAGGAGACCACAGAGCCUGCCAUUUGUUUGAGCGAAGAUAUAGAAACAAAUGAGUGUUUGCACAACAAUGGUGGCUGCUGGCAAGACAAGGCUGCUAACGUAACUGCAUGCAAGGAUACUUUCCGGGGAAGAGUAUGUGAAUGCCCUGUUGUGCAAGGUGUAAAGUUUGUUGGUGACGGUUAUACUCAUUGUGAAGCUACAGGGGCUUUACAUUGUGAAAUCAAUAAUGGAGGUUGUUGGAAGAAAACUCAUGAUGGCGUGACUUACUCAGCUUGUGCUGAUGACUCAAAAGAUUGCAAGUGUCCGCAAGGAUUCAAGGGUGACGGAAUCAACACCUGUGACGAUGUUGAUGAAUGCAAAGAGAAAAUAGCCUGCCAGUGCCCAGAAUGCAAAUGCAAGGAUACAUGGGGCAGUUAUGAGUGCAGUUGUAGUGGUGGUUUAUUGUACAUGCAAGAACAUGACACAUGUAUAAGUAAAGAUGGCAAGACAGAGGUGAGUUGGAGCUUUAUUUGGAUUAUUAUUCUCGGCUUGGCUGCUGCUGGGGUUGGGGGAUAUGCAAUUUACAAGUACAGAAUCCGGAGAUACAUGGAUUCUGAGAUACGGGCAAUCAUGGCGCAGUACAUGCCAUUGGAUAAUCAAGGAGAGAUACCUAAUCACGUUUCCCAUGGGAAUGUAUGAAAGGUGGAGAGAUGUUGAUAUGUGCAACUCGGAUGAUUAGAGGAUUACAAAUCACCAAAUUCUAAGUUGCAUUUGCACACCAACCACAUUUUAUUGAUUAGUAGGGGAUUGUACUGUUUUUAACCUGUGGCUAGCAACAGCUUUUUUCUUCUAUUUUAUAAAUCUAGCAACAGCUUUGAUAGUCAGAAUUUCUGUGUUUAUUUUGAGAGUUGGAAGUUUGUCCUUUCAUUCUGUUCUUAUCAAUGUAAAUCGGUAGCCUAAUUGAUGCAUGUAUUUCCUAACUUAUCAAGGGUGCAAUUUUGCUCAGGAUGGAAGCAAGUAUAACAGUUUAAAGUAUUUGUUGUA